CAAUGACUGUCUGUGAUUGGUCCUGACCUGUUUCCGGUAGGGCAGCCAUCCAAGGACUGUAAAAACAGAGGCAAGAGGAGUUUGUGUCAGGGGGGAACAAAUAGUCACUAAAAGCGAUUCUGAUUCGAAUACAUUCGCGCAUCUGCGGGUUACCAUGGCGACGAGCAGCGAGGAGGAGCGCAGCCUACGGGAGUGCGAGCAGUACGUGCAGAAGCACAACGUGCAGCAGCUGCUGAAGGACUGCAUCGUGCAGCUCUGCACCUCCCGCCCCGACCGGCCCAUGGCCUUCCUCCGGGAGUACUUCGACCGGCUGGAGAAGGAGGAGGCGAAGCAGCUGCAGACGCAGCAGAAGCCCAGCUCGCGCUCCGACUCGCGUGAGGACGAGGUGUCCCCUCCCAUGAACCCCGUGGUGAAGGGCCGCCGUCGCCGCGGGGCCAUCAGCGCCGAGGUCUACACCGAGGAGGACGCCGCGUCGUACGUGCGCAAGGUCAUCCCUAAGGACUACAAGACGAUGGCGGCUCUGGCUAAAGCGAUUGAGAAGAACGUCCUUUUCGCACAUCUGGACGACAACGAGCGAAGUGAUAUAUUCGAUGCCAUGUUUUCCGUCACCUACAUCGCUGGAGAGACGGUUAUUCAGCAAGGCGAUGAAGGGGAUAACUUCUACGUCAUCGACCAAGGAGAAAUGGAUGUGUACGUGAAUAACGAGUGGGUCACCAGCAUCGGCGAAGGGGGCAGCUUCGGGGAGCUGGCCCUGAUCUACGGGACGCCCCGGGCGGCCAGCGUGACGGCCAAGACCAACGUGAAGCUGUGGGGCAUCGACAGGGACAGCUACCGGAGAAUACUCAUGGGAAGCACUUUAAGGAAGAGGAAGAUGUAUGAGGAAUUUCUCAGCAAAGUGUCAAUAUUGGAAUCCCUGGAGAAGUGGGAGCGCCUCACUGUGGCCGACGCCCUGGAGACUGUGCAGUUUGAGGACGGCCAGAAGAUCGUGGUGCAGGGAGAGCCGGGAGACGAGUUCUUCAUCAUCCUGGAGGGCUCGGCGGCUGUGCUGCAGCGGCGCUCGGAGAACGAGGAGUUUGUGGAGGUCGGGCGUCUCGGGCCCUCCGACUAUUUCGGUGAAAUCGCCCUGCUGAUGAACCGCCCGCGCGCGGCCACCGUGGUGUCCCGCGGCCCACUGAAGUGCGUGAAGCUGGACCGCCCGCGGUUCGAGCGCGUGCUGGGGCCCUGCUCGGACAUCCUGAAGAGGAACAUCCAGCAGUACAACAGCUUCGUGUCCCUGUCUGUCUGAGAAGCCCCGCCCCCGCCCCCACCCGGCCCCUCCCCUUUCUGCAGGGUCCACCAAUCAACUGGCUUUAUUUCCCCUCUGGGUUUUUUUUUUUUUUUUUUUUAAGCUUUGUGUGUUUAUUCUGUUUUUUGUUUUGUUUUUCACACACCCAGGCCCCUGCCCGCGUUAUAGCUUCUUCUGUCCGUGCGUCUGUUUGUCCGUCCGUCCGUUCGUCCGUGUUUUUAUAAUGACCCAACGGGAUAUUUCACAUUUCUACAGCGCUAUUGGCCUCACCAGUUUGGCAGCAGUUAAAAGGGCCCAGUGGAGAAUUCGCUAGGUGGCCAGAGAGCCACAAGCCUCACCUGCUUUUAAAGAGUGAUCACCUGCAUGCAGUUGUCCCGGAAACAACAACAACAACAAAAAAAAAGAAGUUGAACAACCACAGUCUUUGAUUUGACAUUGCGUUUGAGGUUUUGAAUCUGUGUCGCUAAACCGAUUAAGGUAGCAUUAGCGUUUCUGGUCUGGUAAUUUGGAUGGAACUUGUGGUUUCAAGCCCUGUUAUGACCAAGGUGACCUGCUCCAAUGUUUUAUAAUAAUAGUUGCACAUAUACAGUAUGCAUACAUGUGUAUGUGUAUAUGUUGAGGGUUAAAACGAACCAUGAACAUAAUUCAUUUUUUUGCACAGUUUGUGAUAUGAGAAACAUUGUUUUUAUGUACCUGCUAGUAUUAAUUACAGCAACAUGUUCCAACAGUAUCAAGAGCAAACAUGUCCCUCAUCUACCAAAAAAAACUGCAUUUAAAAGUAAAUGGUUGGCAUAAAAGUACCUCCUGCCCCCCCCCCCCCCCCCCGCACUCUUAAUUGCCCGCACCCCCCCUGUCCCAUAUGUCUCCUGGGUGUUUCGUUCAUCUUUAGCGUUUUUUCUUUGUCUCUUUCUUUUAUAUUAUUUAUUUUAAGCUGAAAGGUCUGUAGAGCAGCUGUAUGUAGAACCUUGUCUGUUUAGGAAACUUGGCUUCCAAGCCAGUGCCAAAUAUUGCAGGCUGCUCUUGUUUCUGUUGCGAAGCCUGGGUCUUGCAGAGGAUCUAGCACAUUUCUACUCUGUAUGUAAUGCUGAUGACUGAAGAAUUGUGAAUAAGCAGCAUUUUUUUUUUUUUUGCGCCGGGAAUCCAGGUGAAUCAGAGGUCAUAGGAACUCCUCUAUUGGAGGAUGGGUGUGUAGGAAUGGCACUCUGACCCUAGCCAGGGUGCUAUGUUUUUCUCUGGGGGAACGGGGCGCCGGUCCGUUGUUUUUGGUUAGUUUCUUACGCUUUCGUUCGAGAAGCGGCGACCAGCGCGGAUAACGAGGCUGGGCACCUUAAUUUUGAACAUCGAGACGCAAAUGUAAAUGUAAGCCCGUUCGGCUCGUAGCGGGAUUCGCGCAAGAUGAGUGCUGCCCUUCGUGAGACGAAGCAGAGCGCUGUCCCGUAUCCAUGGUGACGACCGAGCUCAGCACUUUUCCCUGGCUCGCUGUUUAAACGCGAACUGGAGUAACGUCCGUGUUUCGCAGCAGUGGGCCUCCGUUACACAAAUAACGCGUUUUUAUUGUUAUUUUUGACCGGCAAACGGCUUUGUAAAAGAACGGGUAUUAACAGAAACCCGGUUGUGAUUAAUGCUGUUCAAGUCUUAAACGUGUUUAAAAAGUAUUUACCCAUUUCCUGUUACGUUUCUUAGUAUACGCCAAAUGUUUCUUCAAUUUCCACAGUUCUGUAAUGUAUGUGAACAUGGAAUUUCCUUUUAUUAUGAUUAUUAUGAUUAUUAUUAUUAUUAUUAUUGCUAUAUUAAUACAAUGUAUAGUUAAUGUAGUACAAUAGAUGGGACUGCCUGCAGGCUCUAAGAGUAAACAUUAUUUUAUAAAUGCCUAUUUUUCCAUAAAUUCACUCUAUUUUGUGUGCCCGGUGGUAUGACCUAAAGAACUCCCUGUGUAAAGAGAACCGUCGCUUCGUUGGUAGUGUUCAGCGUUCCGAUAUCGGGAGUCCAUGUUGACGCAGAGACGCAUCCACACCCCUUUCCCGCUCAUUGUUUAAGAGGUUUUCUCACUGGGUGAUGUCACGAAUCGAUCUUCUCCACACAGCACAAUGCCAUAACCGGACGUCGGAGUUCGCGAACAAGCUGGGGAACACUCAUGUGUAUGUUUAUACGCUUGGGGGGGAGGGACGGGGUGGGCAAGCUCUGUUUUGCAUGACAAGUAUUGUUUGGGGGUGCCUUAUAUGCAACCAACCCUCCCGCCAAAGUGUAUUCUGUUUUACACACUUAAACACUGAACCGGAAAGUACCGUGUUACACUGUAAUGUUACAGUUUGUUUUUUAAAAAAGUGCCUGCAUUCUACGCUUUUGUGGGAUAUAGAACCCGCCUGGGUCAUUCCAGAAUGUCUUUCCGGAACUUGUCAACAUGGCUGCCCAGUGUCAUUAUCCUUUGUGUCUUUCUUUGACUGAGUUCACCUUUAAGAAACUUUUUUUUUUUUUCUUCCUUCUUCUGUUUUCAGCAAACAAGUGUGGAGUAGUGUUUUAUCUGCCUCUGAUGUCAUUAACGCAGCUGAAGAUAUCAUACAAGUGUUCCCAUGGUUUCCUUUAUCCGCCAUGAAAAAUGGUUAGAUGUAAAUGGAGGUUUAUGUUCAAAUAAAAACGCCAUAAACUCUUUAAACUUUGA